AUGGCUGAAAUUAAGCGCAAAGGACUUUUGGCUAGCCUUCGAGCUUACCCAACUGCAGUAUUCUUCAUGCUUGGCAAUGAAUUCUGUGAACGUUUCAGUUUCUACGGCAUGCGUGCUGUUUUAAUGCUGUAUCUCAUCACUGAACAUCAUUUUACUGAAAGCCAUGCAUCUCUAUUUUAUCAUGCCUUCAUCUCGCUUGCAUAUUUUUCACCUUUGAUUGGUUCUGUUGCGGCUGACAAUUAUUUUGGUCGAUUUCGUGUUAUACUUUGGGUUUCUCUUAUUUACGUGUUUGGUCACGUUUUGCUAUCAGUUGGAGCAUUACCAGAAUUGAAGUAUAGCAUCCGUUCCAUUCUUGAUUUUAGUGGAUUAGUUGUUAUUGCUAUUGCUACUGGUGGCAUUAAACCAUGUGUUUCUGCAUUUGCUGCUGAUCAAUUUGAAGAGAAUCAAGUGAAUGAAAGGAAUCAGUUCUUUUCAUUCUUUUACUUUGCCAUCAAUGCAGGCUCCUUAUUAGCUAUUUUACUAACACCUAUGUUACGUGGACGUGUGAAAUGCUUUGGAUCUGAAUACUGCUUUCCUCUUGCGUUUGGUGUUCCGGGGACGCUAAUGCUAAUUGCCUUUAUAUCCUUUCUAUCGGGAUGGAAAUAUUAUAAAAUUACACCCGCCGCAAAGGGCAACGUUGUUUUCAGCGUCAUUUGUUGUAUUGCUUACGCAGCUAAGCAAAAAAUCACAAAUGUUGUCAGAGGUCAAAAUAAGGUUGAACACUGGCUUGACUACGCAGAACCUAAAUAUAGUAGUCAUUUUUUGCAAGCAGUGAAGAGUUUAGUUGCUGUUUCGGUGCUGUUUGCACCCGUUAUAUUAUUUUGGGCAUUAUUAGAUCAACAAGGAAGCACUUGGGUGCUGCAAGCACGUCGUAUGGAUGGCCGUGUAGGCCCUAUUACGAUUUUGCCUGAUCAGAUGAAUACCUUUAAUCCAUUAAUUAUUUUGAUCACAGUUCCUAUAUUUGAAGCAUGUAUUUAUCCUUUUAUUCAAAAAUUUGUCAAAGUUACACCACUUCGAAAAAUGGCUACAGGUGGUUGUUUUGUAGCUGCAGCGUUCAUCAUGGCUGGAAUACUGCAACUUAAAGUGAAUGAAACAAUGGAACCAUGUCCAGAACAAGGUCAAGUUAUACUGCAACGGUUUGGUGAUACUUCACGUCAGUAUAAAAUAAACGACACAAAACUUGAGUACGGAAAAAGUGUCUUACCAGAAGGUAUUUACACUAUUACAGCAGAAGAUUUAACAAGUUUCGAUGUGAACUUGACGAGUGCGUCGACUGGAUAUGUUGUCGGAUUAUUUGAAAAUAAAAGUAGCAUGUCUAUUUUUCCCUAUCAUUGCGAGAAAUCUGAAAAUGGUCGCACUCGAUUAUAUUUGUUAGUAUCUGAAGAUUCCAGUUUGUUGUAUGGAAAAUUUUACAUUGUUGAUAUUAAUGGAAAUAUUCACCAACAAACUGUAAUCAAAUCAGGGCAAUAUUUGGAUAUCCAACCAGCACUGAUCAGUUCUCCACAAUAUUUAUUGAAGCUUGGUGCAGACAAUUGUUCUGUGCAAAACUGCUCAUACAAUCAUACUUUCGAAGCUAUUGCUGGUGCAGCUCAUGUCAUAGUUAUUCGUGAAGGUAUUACAGCGAUCCAUACUAUUGUCAGACCAAAUACAGUAAGUAUGCUCUGGCAGCUACCACAGUUUUUGAUUAUAACAAUUGGGGAAGUAUUAUUCUCGGUGACUGGUUUGGAAUUCUCGUACUCACAAGCAUCACCAAAUAUGAAAUCAGUUUUACAGGCUAUUUGGUUAACGACAGUAUUUUUGGGUAAUGUGAUAGACAUGCUCAUCUCCGGGUCCCACAUUGUUGCAGAACCAGCAACAGAAUUUUUUGUCUAUGCUUUCUUGGUGGUAGUUGUAAUUGGGAUUUUUAUCGUACUCGCCAUGAGAUACACUUAUGUUGAAGAAAGGGAUGAAAAAUUGAAACACGUAGAUAAGCAAUCGCUUACUAUCGGAAUGAUGAAUGUUACGAAUUCUAAGAAUUAA